AUAGAUCGUCGAUCGAUCGAAUAUCCCGGUGAAAUCUCGCGUCUCGUCGCCUCGGAAAAUCGAACGAGAGAAGCGGACCAAGUGAACGGUUAACGAACGGAUCGGGACGUUCCGCGCGUUUCUCGAUAGUCGUGUCAGUGAAAGUACGCGAGUCACCACCCGGAGGAGUCUCCGCGAGAUUCUUUUCGCGGAGUGUCGCGGCGUGCCGGUUCGACCGCAUCCGUUGUCCUCGAGAGAGAGAUCGCGCGCGGCUAUCAUGUCGCCUGCCUGAACGUUCGCGAUAACGUUCCAGAGCAAACGCGAGUGGUCAACUCGUGAAAUCUCCAAGCCGAAUUCGCUCUUUUUUUUCUCGCGUCGUUUCGCCUACGAUUCGCGGAGGAUCGCUACCAUCGAUCGAGAUACCACCUGUCGACGACGAUGACCGUGGUUAUGGAGGAAACGAACACCUUCGUUACGUGGCCGUCCCGACUGAAGAUCGGAGCAAAGUCGAAAAAAGAUCCGCAUAUAAAGGUCGCGGGUCGACCGGAUGACGUGCGAGCUGCGAAGGAGAAGAUAAUGGAAAUUUUGGACACGAGGCAGAGCAACAGAGUAACCAUGAAGCUGGAAGUUGGAUACACCGAUCAUUCGCACAUCAUAGGCAAGGGUGGUCUGACGAUCAAACGGGUGAUGGAGGAAACCGGAUGUCAUAUUCAUUUCCCGGACAGUAAUCGAAGCAAUCAUCAGGAGAAGAGUAAUCAGGUGUCGAUCGCCGGGGAGAUGGAGGGCGUCGAACGUGCCCGUGCUCGAAUCAGGAAUCUCACGGCUCUGAUCUUCUCGUUCGAGUUGCCGAUCAUGGGCUCGUCGCAAACCGUGCCGGAUUCCACUUCGCCGUACAUGAUCAAGAUCCAAGAGAAGUACAACGUUCAAGUGAUGUUUCGCACCAGACCGAAAUUGCACGCUACACUGGUAGUGGUGAAAGGUUGCGAAUGGGAAGUGUCUCAAGUGAAGGAGGCGACCGUCUUGCUGAUUCACUACAUGUGCCAAAACCUAGCUAGUCAAAUACAAGUACAAAUGACGAUGGAGAUAUCGCCGCAGCAUCACAGCAUCGUCCUUGGAAAGCAGAGCAGUAAUCUCAAGAUGAUCAUGCAGCGCACCGGUACUCAAAUAAUGUUCCCCGAUGCCGGCGAUCCAAAUAUUCCUAGCCUGAAGAAGAGCAACGUGACUAUCACCGGUGGCAUUCACAACGUCUACCUGGCACGGCAACAGUUGGUGGGCUCGCUGCCUCUGGUUCUGAUGUUCGACCUUCCCGAGGACUCGGUGUCGUGCGUCGACACGGAAAACAUCUCGCAGCUGAUGCGAUCGUUGGACGUGUUCAUAAACGUGAGGCACAAACCGAAGCAGAGCACGUUGUCGGUGAUCGUGAAGGGAAUCGAACGAAACGCCAGUAACGUUUACGAGGCGAGAAAACAGCUGUUGGGACUGGACGAGCCAAGAGUGCACGCGGAGAUACCUGCCACGUAUCAUAUCCCGAACGCGGAGAACGUUUUUCAAGGAAACGGCAGCAACGGAUCAGCUACCAACAACAAUCUGGUCGGCAAUCUAUCGGACAGCUUGUCGAACAUCUUGACGAUAAACACGCAAAAUCCUCCGUACUGCGUGUCCCCGAUGUCUCAUUCGCCGAAUCCGAUGGGUUUAUCGCCUCAUUGGGGCUUGUCGACGAUACCGUCCAUGUUUUCGUCGAUUCCGCUUCAUCACGCUUACCCGUAUCCGCACCUUAAUCAUCUGCUGACUACGCAGCACGUGUUGUACAACAACGCGAUGCCGACUCAUUCUCACGGAUCGACGAACCACGGGUUCACCGGUAUGGGUCAACUUCGCUCCAACUCGUCUGCGGGCUUUCACGGUAUUCACGGACCGAACGGUAGCUCCUUACCGGACAGCAAAGAAGGCAGCACUUACUCCUCGUUGAGCAGCGUAUCCAGCUCUCUGUCUAGUCCAGCGAUCAGUCCGCGUAACGUGUCUCCGGUCAAUCCCGUCGAGACCAGUCCCAAUUUGGAUCUGUGCAGCAUGCUGUCCGAUUUGUCGGUCGCCGAUCGACGCGCGCCAGGUUGCGAAAAGAAGUCGCUGGAAAUGGCCGUGCAGCAAAAUUUUGCACCGUUCGAUUACGAACAGAAGAAGAUAUUGGCGGCGAAAGCGAUUCAAUCGAAACCGAGCUUCAACGAGUAUCGCGUUCCCACGUCCGCUUGGUCCGGUUACGGUCUCAGUCAAUCCAUUCCUCCGAUCGGCACGACCGACUUGAACAAAGAGCUGACGACCGCUUCUCAUCCUUCCGACCCGUGGAAGGAACCAACGACGCCGGUUUUCGGCAAAGAGGUCGACUUCGGAAUCGGUUCCGGCAAAGAUCGCGUUGGACAGAUCGGCGUGACCUCCAACUACGUGGAACACACGCCUACUUCGCAUCUGAACAGGAUUACGUCUCAUCGCUACGACGACUUGACCAGCAUGUUGACCAACGUCGGACUGGAGAAAUAUAUUCGCCUGUUCACGUCUCACGAAGUGGACAUGGCUACGUUUCCCUCGCUAACGGAGAAAGAUCUCUGCGAAAUGGGGAUAUCCGCUUGGGGCGCGAGGCGCAAAAUAAUGCUGUUGAUCGCUGAAAUGAACAAACGAACCAGUCCGUUCUGCGGAAGCGCCGCUCCUGGCGCGGAACGCAAGACGUCCACCGCCGGUAUCGCCUCGGCGCCGAUGGAAAAAUGUAAUUUGGACAGCAGAUGGUAAAAAGAGCCGAAAAAAUGUAGUGAUGUUCGAAGAGAAUCGUUGCAACGGACUUGAACAGGAUCGCGUUGUACUUAAUGCUCGCGUUGUGGAUCGUUUGCGCGGAAGAUAGCGACGUUCCGAAACGAUGAAGAUCGCGAGAAAACCGAGAUCGUGUUGCGCGGCUUAUUUCGCCGACUCGACGAUAAAAUCGACGCGUUGAAUUUGCGAUUCCAGGCAUCGAAGAAUUAGCCCGAUUGA